CAAGAAAAUCUUGGAAUUCGGUUUGCUGCAGAUCGAGUUGUUCAGAAGCUUCUGUUGUUUAGAAAAACACGACCAUUAUUGUUUGAGGCUUAAAACUAAAAGUGUUUAAAAUUUCACGCUUGUGUUUAUUUAUUUUGAAUAUUUGAUUUACUAGUUCUACUAGAAGUCAUUUGUUUAUUUUAUUAUCAAAUAAAAAAUAAAAGCUACAAAAUGGAUUUAACGCGACGUAUUGAAAGUCUGACUAUAAAUGACAGGAACCCCCCAAACGGAGACAAUAUAAGUGGAGAAUCUUUAAAACGAUGGAUCGAAGGCUGUGAAAAAUUGAAACCCGAUCCUAAAGUCCUAAAUGUCACUAAUAUUUACCGCAGUAAUGUUAAGGAGUACUCAGUCGUGUUUAUUAAAACUAGUGCGCGUAAUCACAUUCAUUACUACAAACUGGAAAUCCUAAAGCACAAGACCGAAAACAAAUAUUGGCUAUUCCGUAGUUGGGGGACAGUUGUAACUGUCCAUGGGGAUGAUCUGCUACAAGAACUGCCACGCAAAGAGUGUAUUAGAAAAUAUAAGUGGAUUGUAAAAACACAUCAUAAAAGAGACUUUGAUACUUUGCAAGUUAAGCUUCGCAAUAACGUGAAUUCAAAUACCACCAGUAAUUUUGAAAGUAAAUUGCCGGUUUCCGUUCAAAAUUUAAUGAAACUAAUUUUCAAUGCUGACAAUAUUAGCAAAGUAAUGGAAGAUUACAAUCUUCAGAAAAUAAGACCCGGCCAGUUGUCGGAAAAUAAAAUCCAAAAAGCUUACGGCAAAUUGAAAAUGAUUUCCCGAGCAUUGAAUUCUCCGGCCAAUGACCCAAUAAGAAUUUCAAUUAUAAUCGAAUGUUCAACCAGCUUCUAUGCCUGUAUUCCUCACCAAAUUAACAUCAAUGAGCUUCCGAUGUUAGAUAACCCAGAAAUAAUUGCAUCAAAAUUUGAUAUGCUGGACGAACUAUUCGAGAUUAACCUGGCAGACAAAAUUAUGAACUAUAAGACUGUAGAACUUCGUAGUAUACUAGACAUUUAUUACGAUCGACUGAACACGGACAUCAGUGAACUGAACAUGAACAGUAAUGAAUUCAAAGUAAUUAAAAAGUACAUCGAAAAUACUCAUUCGUAUGUUCAUGAUAAAUAUAAGAUUAAUAUUGAGAAAGUAUUUGCUAUUAAUCGAAAAGAAGAAGCUCAGCGAUAUGCCAAUCGCUCAAGAGGAAUUGGAAACAAAAUGCUUCUGUGGCAUGGAACAAAACUCACAAACAUCGCAAGUAUUUUACUGAAAGGAUUGCGGAUCCCAAGAAAAAAUUCAACGGCUACCACUCACAUGUUUGGACGAGGAAUUUAUUUUGCGGAUGUAGUUUCCAAGUCUGCAAAUUAUUGCAGAGCUCAGGGAAAAAAUUCAAAAGGUCUUUUGCUACUUUGUGAAGUUGCCCUGGGUAACGUGGAAGAGAAAUUUCAAGCAGACAAUGAUUUCGUUUUACCAAAACGCAAGCAUUCAGUUAUUGCAAGAGGACGAAAUGUCCCUGAUCCCGAGGACUGCGGAGAAAUUUCGCCAGGUGUCAAAGUGCCAUUUGGAAAAAUUAAGAAGCAACAAUGCAACGACAUAAAACCGAAACUUAUUCAUAACGAGUACGUAGUCUACGACACUGCGCAGAUUAAAAUUAAGUACUUGGUUCAAAUAAAUUUUGAUAAUGAACCUUGUCAUGAACGUAUUUAAUUUAUUUGCAGUUCAUUAAGUUUUUUUUUAUACUAAAUUUUCUAUCUUACUCUUAAUUUUAUAAAUUUUUUUUAAAUGACGGUUUGAUUUAUUUUGCUCACAAAUACAAUUUUUUGAUUACGUAAAGAAAAAAAACAAUUGAAGUAAAAAUAUACUUUUUUUUGCAUUAAUAAAAAUAAUAAUUUUUCGAGCACCGAAUGAUAAAUUGAAAUCGAUUUAGGCGUUUAAAUGUUUUCCUUCUUUUUUUUUUAACUGAUAAACUAUUCAUUCUCGAUGAAAAAAGAUUUUAUACAAUUGUAUAAAAUUAUAUACAAAAAAUGG